AUGCUCAAGGUCGUCAAGGAAAGCCAGACGAGCGCAGCGGAUGCCGUGCCGGUACGGAAAGAUGGGGAUCAGCAUGGCCGUGCCGAGUUUUCCUGGGAAGGAAUCAAUUUGUCCAUGGAGGACACUACUUCCAUUCUGCCUCGUCUCAAGAGGAAGUCCGCCAACACCUAUGGGAUCGGUGCCCUGGCUAAGUCCUCUCUGUCAGGUGUGUCAGGUGUGUGCAUCAUGCAACAGUUUGCAAUUUCCGAGGCGACUCUGUUCGGUUGGAACUCGAUGGACGGGGAGAGCAUGGGAGCCGGCUCCAACCAGGGCAGCGUCGCCCACCUGAGUGAGGUCAACCAGGAGAGCAUCACCAGCAGAGACCAGGUGCUCCAUCACUCCUCUGCGGAUGUCUGGCCUCACACCUACGUCUCGCAGGGCCUGUACUGCCUGUCGUCUUCUGACGCCUGGGACCCAAUCACCAGCCAGCCCGAGGGCGUGGCAUCGCCUGCUGCAGGCUCCUACAUCAUGGCUGCCGGUGGCAGCAAUGGAGCAGGAGGCACACCUGGUGAGGGGUACGAGGGGACAGUAGGAAGUUACAUUCAGCAGCACCAGGUUCAACUCGCCCUGCAGCAGCAGAGUCAACUCCAACAGCUCCAACAGCUUCAUCACUACCAGCAGCAACAGUUUCUGCAGUACCAACAACAGCAGCAGUCUAUGGAGCACAGGCUACACAGUGCCUCCCAUUCGCUCCAAGCCACGCCCAAUAGCACCAUCCACAGCCUCGGUCCACCCACUCACCCUCGGCUAGCUGACCUGUGGGGAGCAGCACAGGUUGAGGCACAUCAGGUGGAGAUCGUUGGACACUUGAACGCACAGAUGGCUGACAUGGUCGGAGGCGUGGUGGAGACGGUCGGAGAAGAGCCGGAGCCCGAGUCCGAAGACUUCCCUGAACAGCGUGAAGAGGAGGAGCUAACAAAGGUAGAAGAGGUAACAUUAACUUUGGAGCCAGAGCCGUGCUCUUUGACGCCCUCCCCGCUGAGGGAAGAUGCCUCUUCGACCAGAGGUUCAAGCCCAGGACUACCAGCACAGACCAGCGAACCCGUCGCAGAGAGGAUACCCUUUGACGUCACGCCCUGCGUCGUCCAGUCAUUGGAAGAGAAAGAUGAAGAGGCAGACGAGGGCUCCAUUGUUGUUGUUGCAACCAACUGAGUCAUUUGGACGAAACUCUGUCAAAAACUGGAAAUUAAUACUUCAAUAAUCAGUCAAGCUAUUAUCCCAACCCCUCCCUCUCCCAAAUAUUUACCAACUUUGAGGCCGAGGAAAUGCGACUUUUUUUUUCCGAUGGGAAUGUGGGAUGUAAUGUACACUAUGGCCAAGGAGACACCCCUACCACCAGUCUAGUAUGGGGAAUCUGGAAUAUCACAUAUAUGAGACUAAUUAACUUUAAUUUAAGGCAGAAGAGAGACUUGAAUUCAGUGACUGCUGAAACGAGCUGUUUGAGAAUAAAGAUGCAUUCUAUAAACAGUUUGGACUGACUGGAACAAAGAACCAGGACUGGAAGCCAAACUGGCAACACAGGGAUGGGGAAAAUUAGAAGAAGGUGGGAUAAGAAGGGGCCUAUUUAUAAAUUCAGCGCAAUACAACAAACAUGGGCACAAUCAGGGUUUGCAAAUAAUUCCGAGUGGUUGUUUCAAGAUGCGUUCAGCAUCAGAAGUUGGCUUUUGUAUGCAAAAAUAAGGUAUUUCAAGGCCAGAAAUACCUGGUCAGAGAGCAGUUUGAUUGGCUAAUUAAUGUGUUUAGGUUUGAGUGACGGCUGAGAUGUCUUGAUGAGGUAAAGACGGCGUGAUCUAGAACUCAUGGCAACCUGAGGCAUGCACUUGGAGUUAUUUGCAAACACUUGCUCUGGACACAACCAAAAGAACGUGCAUGCUUUUUAACAGUGAACUAGCCCUAACAGUAUAACACAGUAAUACAAAGUAAUAAUAUAUCAAAUUGCUUUUUAUAAUAAAAGGGAAAAAAAUCAAAUAAACCGAUAUGUAUUUGUAUGAAUGUA